AUGUCAAGAAAAGUUUGGAGUUUUGUUAAUAAAUAUUUACAAAAAGAUAAUUUGGAUGUUUAUUUAAAUCAUAACAAAGUAUCAAAAUUUCGAACGGAAAAUGUGAAAGAUGGCAUUAAAGUUACAUAUCGUUGUUCGUCAUGUAGAAAAUAUCCAGAAUCUAGUUUCCAAGUUCGUGUAUUAUUUAAUUCUCAAAAUGAAAUAAUUGUGUCGACAAGUGAUACACAUAAUCAUAAAAAAAGAGCUGAUACAACUCGUGCUCCAACUCCUGUUCAAAAACCAUGCACAGAAACAUCUCCGUGCACAUUUGUGUCUUUUUGCCAUGCACCCGUCUGUAACCGUGCACAAAAAUGUCAAAAGAUUUUUUAG